GAAAGAUAUAAGAAGUUAGAGCAUCCUAUCCAAGUGGUCGCUGCUGAACGCACAUGUCGGAAGCUUGCGAAAUCGCAAUGUAAACGCCGUUUAAACCAGCUUGUCCUGAAGUGGAGUAAAAUCUAUGCCUUAUUUAUAAAUAUCAGUGACAGUAGGUCAAGUACAAAGUUUUUAUUUAUAUUUAUCAAAUUAUUGUCGAACAACAACACUAUGCCUAAGAAAACUAAAGCGAAAGAUAAGGGGCAGGUGAGCAAAAAACCGACAAGUUCCCCCGAUCGGUCCACAGAAAAGAUGAAGGAGCUAGACUUGGACGAUGUUGAAGGAGAAGAAGACGACAUGGAAUUCGACGAAGAUGGCAAUUUGAUAGAAAACAACGAGAACAACGAACCGAUCACGAAAGAUGAUGAUGUAAAAGAAGAUGCAGCACCGAAGCUCAGUCGAAAAGACAAGAAAAAGCUACAAAAGCAGUUGGAAUUCAAUCGUCAGAUGGAAUCACUCACCACCAGUAGUGCUACUGACCAGUUCUCUGUAUCGGUAGCUGAGAAAGCAGUAUCAAAACAGCAGCAAGAAGCUGUUGACAUCAAGAUAGAAAACUUUUCCAUAGCUGCAAGAGGAAAGGAGCUUUUUGUGAAUGCUACUUUGAAUAUCACAAAAGGUAGAAGAUAUGGCUUUGUAGGCCCAAAUGGACAUGGAAAGACAACAUUGCUAGUUCAUAUAGCAAAACGAAUUUUACAGAUACCAGCUAAUAUUGACGUGUUGCUAUGUGAACAAGAGGUUGUGUACGAGGAACUUGACGCCAUUGGUGCGAAUUCCGCCGAGGCGCGCGCACGUCGCAUCCUCUCUGGUCUGCAGUUCACGCCCGAGAUGCAAGAACGGCCGACGAACCACUUCUCCGGAGGCUGGCGCAUGCGUGUGUCGCUCGCGCGCGCUCUCUUUAUCGAACCCACGCUGUUGCUACUCGAUGAACCGACCAAUCACCUCGACCUGAACGCCGUAAUCUGGCUAGACAAUUACUUGCAACAGUGGAAGAAAACGUUAUUAAUAGUAUCUCACGACCAAAGCUUCUUGGACAAUGUGUGCAAUGACAUCAUUCACUUGGACCAGCAGAAGCUCUUCUAUUACAGAGGAAACUACACUCAGUUUAAGAAAAUGUUAACACAGAAGAGGAAGGAACAGCAAAAGGAUUAUGAAAAGCAGGAACGGCGAAUCAAAGAAUUGAAAAGUUCCGGGAAGUCGGGUAAAGUCGCGGAGAAGGUGACGAAGCAGGCACUGACGAGGAAGCAGGAGAAGGGCAGGACCAAGCAGCAGAAGGAGCAGACGGAGGAUGUGGGUCCGACGCAGCUGCUCGCGAGGCCCCGCGAGUACGUCGUGCGAUUCCGUUUCCCGCAGCCACCUCCCCUGCAGCCUCCCAUCAUCGGCCUGCACGAUGUUUCGUUUGGUUAUCCAGGCCAGCCGAAAUUAUUUUUGAAUUUAGAAUUUGGCGUGGAUAUGUCAUCAAGAUUGGCCAUCGUUGGACCCAACGGUGUCGGGAAGAGCACAUUGCUGCACCUACUCACAGGAGUGUUGACACCGACAAAAGGUGAAUUGAGGAAAAAUCACAGGCUGAACAUCGGAAAGUUUGACCAGCAUUCCGGUGAACAUCUAACUCUGGAUGAAUCACCCGUCGAGUAUCUCAGGCGUCUAUUCAACCUAGACUACCAGGAGGCACGCAAAAUCCUGGGUAGCCAAGGGCUGUCAAGCCACGCUCACACGAUCAAGAACAGGGAUUUGUCUGGCGGCCAAAAAGCAAGAGUUGCUCUCGCUGAGCUGGCACUAAAAGCACCUGAUGUACUUAUUCUGGAUGAGCCCACAAAUAAUCUUGAUAUAGAAUCUAUCGAUGCUCUGGCAGAAGCGAUAAACAACUUUAAAGGAGGUGUUAUCAUCGUUACCCAUGACGAGCGUUUCAUCAGAGAUACCAGCUGUCAGCUGCAGAUUGUAGAGGGUCAAAGCGUAGAGGAGAUUGAUGGCGAAUUUGACGACUACAGAAGAGAAAUCCUCGAAACCCUAGGCGAGACCGUGAUGGGUCUUGCAGCAGCUAGCAAGCAGUGAUUGUUGUGGCAAGUCAUUCCUUUAAUUUUACAUAGGUAACGCGCGGUAGAAAUUCCCAGCGAAGGGGACGAUUUGAGGCAAUGAUGUGUGCAGGCUUGCAUUUCGCGCUGCAAUACACUGGAGAAACUUAUCUAUGUUGGCAUUUACGAAAACGUUAGACAUAGUGCAUGAUGUUUGGAAUGGCAACUAUUGUUUGUGUAUGUAACUGAUCACAAAGUUCGAUUGUUAACACGCUGGAGCAUAGUUGGUGUAAGUAAUGGAGGCAUAGGAGCAGGAGGCAGGGUGUGCAUGUAAUUAAGUAAUGAUGGUGUGGUGUUAUACCUUAAUUGCUUUUGAAAUCAUAUUCCAAGUCUAUUGUUAAGUUUAAUUAACAACCAUUUGGGGGGCAAGCCAUUAGAAAAAUAUACUUAUUUCUCGUGGUUCUAUCCUAGGCUAGACAUACAACUUUAGAGUGAAUAUAAUUGCAAGUUUAAUUGCAAACUACAUUUAAUAACUCAAUGAAUUUCUAAAGUUAAACCACCUUUAAAUGAGUCACGUGAGUGAACUGGAAGUAUGUUAUGCUGAUUGUAAACCUGAAUAAAACAACAUAUCCGUUUACAGUUA